AUGUCCCAGUCUGAUUUCGGUAACUUGCUAGCCAAGGUGCUCCCGACCAAUGUGAAGGUCACUGUGCGACAUAUCUCCUCCACACCGACGCCAUGCGCGGCUCUCUUCGCAGCGCCGCCCGGUGAGGCUCCAGAGGCGACGUACUGUGAAAAUCAUUUCCUGGCGGUAUCAGUUGAAUGCCGUGGAGGAGACUGUGGAGAGGAACAGGUCCAGGAACGGGAACGGGAGGUCAUCGUCUUCGGAGUCGAAGUACUUGUCUACAGCACCGCUCACCUUACGACGGUCUUCGUGAGCAAGGCCGAUUCAACGGGUUAUCUGCAUCUGCUGAAGACUGCGCCGAAGGUGUCGCUUCUCUGGCAAAUUUCUACUGUGUUUCUCUCGUACCUUGUUGAGACUCGCCAGCGCCCUGGUGUGCGGCUUGUUCUGUCGCUGUUUGCGCGGGCUCAGAAUCAGUAUUUGUUUCCCGGGAGUAUUGAGAAUACGGGGAAACAUGUGCUGGAUGAUCGGGGAUUGAUCAAGUGGUGGUGUCGCGUGGUCGAUCCUAUUCUGCGCGAGCGCGAACCAGAGUCAAAGUCGCAGGACAAGGGGUCGCUGGAGGAGAGCAAAGAAUCCUCCAAGAGCUCUGCAACAGCCUUUCUUAUUGUUCCGGGAUGCGAUAAAUUUGAGACCCGAGGAUUCUUUCCGAGUACGGCCAAAUCGGAUGGUAAAGAUCAUCCCAGAUGGGUUAAUGAUUAUCCUCUAUGGCAGCUGUGCGGGAAUCCCAAGGCGCCUCCACGAUGCUUGGUUCCUCGUUUCCCUGAUGAUCCCAAGACGCGUUUUCUUAUUGAUCUAGAUGACGAGGUAUCUGGACAAGAGACGGAUGCUGCGAGCGGUCUUCAGAAUCUGGGCCAGUGGAGAAGCGUCAAAUCUUUGGAUCAGUUCUGGGAGAUGAUGACCUUUCGACAGGAGUGCUCUGCUGGACGGCUUGUCGGGUUCCUAUGGUUAGUAGUUAAUCCACCGGGACUUGUGAAUUCUACGAGCAUGGAAGCGAGGUCUCUUGGCGGGGAGACGUCUCCCACUACACAGCAGGAGACCUCUUCAACCCUUCAAGAAAAUCCAUUCUCAUGGCCAGAAGCCGGACGAGGGCACGUGGUUCUAAGCGAGUCAGAUUACAAGACAGCAAUUGAAUUCCUCCUACAACAAGAGUUUGGGGGUUUCGACGUCGCAACUACCAGUACAAAGGCGUGGGUUGACAAGGUGGCUUCUCUCGCGGACGAGCUGUGGUUUGGCGAGCUCGUUGUGGGAAAGAACACGGUAUCAGAGAAUGCCGUCAAACCUGCGGAGACACAGAACAACCUUCUGGACACUGGUCUGGCUCGAAAACGAAAGAAGCCCGCGGAAGUAGAGCCUGGAAGUGCAGCUGCUAUCGCUGAAGAGAGAAAGUCUACCGGAGAAGACAACCCGGAAGCUGUUUCUGCCCCGGAACCAAGCGUCAAUGUGCUUAGCGGGGGAUUGAUUAGGAAGAAGAAGAAAACAUAGCAGGCGUUGGAUAUUUCUCGAUGGAGUUUCGGAGUGGAUGUUUGGCAAACGUGUUGGGAUUUUUGCGGUUAGGACAGAGCCCACUAGAAUUACUCGAUAAUAAUGACCUUUUCCA